UCGGUAGAGAAAUGGGUACGAAUCACUGGACUUUAGUUGUAUUGCUCCUUCUGCCUUCUGGCUUAUUGGGAAGCCCUACAGGUGAUGAUGCCACUGGUUCCGCUGCUCUGUCCACAACAGUGGGACUUCGUGGUUUAGCUGAGUCAAAUGCAUAUUCAACAGCUUUAACACAUGGAGGUCGUGGAGGUGGUGGUGGUCUUGCAGAAUCGGGUGCAUUUUCGAACAUAUUAACACAUGGAAGAGGUGGAGGAUUAUCCACAUCAGGUUCACGUUCAAGUUCUUUAACCCGUGGAGGUAAAAGCAGAUCGGAAUCAAGUGGAUUUGCACAUUCGUUAUUGGACCCUAGACGAGGUGGAAACAAUGGCGCUGAAGCCUAUUCAAGUGCUAACAGUAAUAGCUAUGGCGGCAAUGGAGCCUCAAAUGCUAUCGCAGAAGUUAUGACGAGUCUAGGAGGCGAAGGUUCAUCUCAAGCAGGUUCAUAUUCGAAUGCAGAAAGCAGUGGAGGAAAUAGAGGUAAUACAGUGGAAUCCGGUGCAUAUUCGAAUGCUGUAACUAAUAGAGGAGGCAGGGGUGGAUCAGCACAGUCUGGUGCAUAUUCAAGUGCAACCAACGAAGGCAGAGGUGGUUCAUCACAAACUGGGGCAUAUUCUAAUGCUAUGACUAAAGGAGGAAGAGGAGGUGGUUCAGCACAAUCGGAAGCAUACUCGAAUGCUAUGUCGGAUGGAGAAGGCCGAGGUGGUUCAGCACAAUCAGGCGCAUACUCUAAUGCUAUGUCAAAUGGAGGAAGAGGGGGUGGAUCAGCACAGUCUGGGGCAUACUCAAAUGCUAUGACAAAUGGAGGAAGAGGAGGAGGAUCAGCACAAUCAGGAGCAUAUUCUAAUGCUAUGUCAAAUGGAGGAAGAGGAGGUGGCUCAGCACAGUCUGGAGCAUACUCAAAUGCUAUGACCAAAGGAGGAAGAAGAGGUGGCUCAGCACAAUCAGAAGCAUACUCGAAUGCUAUGUCGGAUGGAGAUGGCAGGGGUGGUUCUGCCCAAUCAGGAGCAUACUCGAACGCUAUGUCUGAUGGAGGUAGAGGAGGUGGCUCAGCACAAUCAGGAGCAUAUUCAAAUGCCAUGUCCAAAGCAGGUAGAGGAGGUGGUUCAGCACAAUCGGGAGCAUACUCAAAUGCCAUGACUAAUGAAGGAGGUAGGGGUGGUUCAGCUCAGUCUGGGGCAUACUCAAAUGCUAUGUCAAAUGGAGGAAGAGGAGGUGGUUCAGCGCAAUCAGGAGCAUAUUCUAGUGCUAUGUCCAAUGGAGGAAGAGGAGGUGGUUCAGCCCAAUCCGGAGCAUAUUCCAAUGCUGCAGCCAAUGGAGGAGGUAGAGGUGGUUCAGCUCAAUCAGGAGCAUAUUCUAGUGCUGUAACCAAUGGAGGAGGCAGAGGUGGAUCAGCUCAGUCUGAGGCCUAUUCUAAUGCUGCAACCAAUGGAGGAGGUAGAGGAGGCGGAGCAGAGUCUGGUGCAUACUCGAAUGCUGCCACCAAUGGAGGAGGCAGGGGUGGUUCAGCACAGUCAGGUGCAUAUUCCAGUGCCGUAACAAAUGGAGGAGGCAGGGGUGGCUCAGCGCAAUCCGGAGCAUACUCAAAUGCUAUGACCAAUGGUGGAGGCAAAGGUGGUGCAGCGCAAUCGGGAGCAUAUUCUAGUGCUGUAACCAACGGAGGUAGUAGAGGCGGUUCGGCGCAAUCCGAGGCAUAUUCUAGUGCUGUAACCAAUGGAGGAGGCAGAGGUGGCUCAGCGCAGUCGGGAGCGACUUCAAGUGCUGUCACUAAUGGAGGAGGUAGAGGCGGUUCAACGCAGUCAGGUGCCUAUUCAAGUGCUGUAACUAACGGAGGAGGCAGGGGCGGUACAGCUCAAUCAGGCGCAUAUUCCGGUGCUGUAACUAAUGGAGGCAAGGGUGGUGCAGCCCAGUCAGGGGCAUAUUCUAGUGCUGUAACUAAUGGAGCAGGAAGGGGUGGUGCAGCGCAGUCAGAGGCAUAUUCUAGUGCAGUAGCCAAUGGAGGUGGAAAGGGCGGUGCAGCGCAGUCAGGAGCAUAUUCUAGUGCUGUAACCAACGGAGCGGGCAGAGGAGGUUCAGCACAAUCAGGAGCGCAGUCAACUGCUGUAACCAAUGAAGGAGGCAGUGGUGGAACAGCACAGUCUGGCGCAUAUUCUAGUGCUGUAACCAAUGGAGGAGGCAGAGGUGGUGAAGCUCAGUCGGGAGCAUAUUCUAGUGCUGUAACCAAUGGAGCAGGUCGCGGUGGCUCAGCAGCGCAGUCAGGUGCAUAUUCCACUGUUGUAAACAAUGGAGGAGGAAACGGUGGUUCAGCGAAGCCUGGAGAAGUGACACCGGGAAAAGGCACGAAAUCAGGAGAAGAAUCUGAAAGUGAUGAAUCAAAAGAUAAUGAAUCAAGAUCAGGAGAGAAAUUUCAAGAGGAAUCAAAAUCAGGAGAAAGCUCACAAGACGACAAAUCAAAGUCAAUAGAGGGUGAAUCGAAAUCAGGAGAGAGUGAAUCCAAGUCAGGAGACAAAUCUCACGAGAAAUCUAAAUCAGGAGAAACGUCGCAGGAAGAUGAAUCAAAAUCAAUGGAGGGUAAAUCAAAAUCUGGAGAGAAAUCUGGGGAGAAAAAAUCAAAAUCAGGAGAGAAAUCUAAGGAGGACGAAUCAAAGUCAGGAGACAAAUCACAAGAGGAAUCAAAAUCAGGUGAAAAGUCACAGGAAGAUGGAUCAAAAUCAAUGGAGGGUAAAUCAAAAUCUGGAGAGAAAUCUAAGGAGGACGAAUCGAAGUCAGGGGAGAAAUCACAAGAGGAAUCAAAAUCAGGAGAAAAGUCACAGGAAGAUGAAUCAAAAUCGAUGGAAGGUGAAUCGAAAUCAGGAGAGAAAUCUAAGGAGGACGAAUCAAAGUCAGGAAAGAAAUCACAAGAGGAAUCAAAAUCAGGAGAAAAGUCACAGGAAGAGGAAUCAAAAUCGAUGGAGGGUAAAUCAACAUCUGGGGAAGAAGAACCAAAAUCAGGAGAGAAAUCUAAGGAGGAUGAAUCAAAGUCAGGAGAGAAAUCACAAGAGGAAUCAAAAUCAGGAGAAAAAUCACAGGAAGAUGAAUCAAAAUCAAUGGAGGGUAAAUCGAAAUCUGGAGAGCAAUCUGAGGAGGAACAACCCAAAUCUGGAGAGAAAUCUAAGGAGGACGAAUCAAAGUCAGGAGAGAAAUCACAAAAGGAAUCAAAAUCAGGAGAAAAGUCACAGGAAGAUGAAUCAAAAUCGAUGGAAGGUGAAUCGAAAUCAGGAGAGAAAUCUGUAGAAAAAGAAUCAAAAUCAGGAGAGAAGUCACAAGAAGAUGAAUCAAAAUCAAUGGAGGGUAAAUCAAAAUCUGGAGAAAAAUCUGGGGAGGAAGAAACAAAAUCAGGAGAGACAUCUGAGGAAGACGAAUCAAAGUCAGGAGAGAAAUCGCAGGAAGAUGAAUCAAAAUCAAUGGAGGGUAAAUCAAAAUCUGGAGAGAAAUCUGGGGAGGAAGAACCAAAAUCAGGAGAGAAGUCUAAGGAAGACGAAUCAAAGUCAGGUGAGAAAUCACAAGAGGAAUCAAAGUUAGAAGAGAAAUCACAGGAAGAUAAAUCAAUGGAGGGUAAAUCUAAGUCAGGUGAGAAAUCUGUGGAAAAUUCAAAAUCAGGAGAAAAGUCGCAGGAAGAUGAAUCAGAAUCAAUGGAGGGUAAAUCAAAAUCUGGAGAGAAAUCUGAUGAGGAAGAACCAAAGUCAGGAGAGAAAUCUGCGGAAAAUUCAAAAUCAGCGGAGUCGGGGUCAGGAGAUAAGUCACAGGAACAGUCGAAGUCAAGUGAAGAGUCAGAAUCAGGAGAUCAAUCAACGUCAGGUAAAGACAAGCCAUCAUAUGAAUCAAAAUCAAAAGAAUCGCAAGAAUCCAAAUCAGGAGAAGAGUCACAGGAGAAAAAAUCAAAGUCAGGAGAAUUGACGCCGGGAGAGGAAUCAGAAUCAGCGGAGAAAUCAAAGGAAGAAGGAUCAAAAUCAGAAAAAGGCAAACACCCUGUAAGGUGUGGUAAUUCAAGCAGAAGGAAAAGAAAAUCUGAAUACAUCGAAAUUUGGAAGAAAUACCUAACUCGAAUUUCGAAAGCCCGUGAUCGUGCAAGAGAAAGACAUCAUGAGAAAUUAUCUAAACUUCGAAUACCAAGAACAAAACUCUGCCUUUGUAACGAAGAUGAAUCGGAAUUGAACCCAAAAGGAGAACAUAAACACAAACUCCAUAAUCACGAAAAACACGAAGGCCACAAAAGACACGAAUGGCACAAAGGACACGAAUGGCACAAAGGACACGAAUGGCACAAAGGACACGAAUGGCACAAAGGACACAAAUGGCACAAAGGACACAAAUGGCACAAAAGACACGAAUGGCACAAAAGACAUGAAGGACACAAAGGACACGAAGGACAUAAAAAACAUGAAGGACAUAAACGACUAAAAGACGUUUUAGGACAGCUAAGACGCCACAAAAAACCCGGUCAACAAGGAAACUGAUUUAAAUCAUCUUAAACACGUAUCUAUCAAUGGUAUCGGGUUAUUGGUAACGGACUUAAUGGCAAUGCAAUAAAUUAUUGAA